UUGAAAUCCCAAAACAAAAAGUCCUACUUAUUUGAACCAGAGCUAAUUAAUUACCCUAAUACAUACAUAACCUCAUAUCAUAGGUAACCAACCAUCUACUUGAUUGGUUGAUGAGUUAACCCAAACCAACCCUGCUCUGCACUCAAAGAACAAGAACUAUCUCUAAAAAGCUUAAUAUAGCAAGCAAACCCCUUUACUCCCAAUUCAUCAACCCCAUUUUUCUUUCCCUAAAGAUGUCUCUUCAAGCACUACCACAGCAACAGCCAGUACAGCCUGUCCAGGUUUACCCAGACCCUGUCACAAACCAACAAUCACCACCUUCCCACCACCAUUCAAAUGGGUCUUUUGGGACAGUUUUCAUUGUCCUUGCCAUAAUACUUGUGAUUUCUACAGUGGCUUGCUUUCUUGGACGCCUAUGCAACAGGCGCUACAAUAAUAAUGACCGCGGCAAUCAUAAUUCGAGACCGGUUAAGCCGCAGAGAAAUCAGCAGCAGAUCCACAACUUCCAUCCAAGAGAAGGGGACAUUGAAUUUGGGGUUGAUAGAAGAAUCCCACCACCAAUAAUUGGAAGGCCUAAAGGACCUGUUCUUCAGGGAGAAGGACCCCUGCAGCCACCUCCUAAUGGUAACAUGAGAGAUUUUGAAAUGAAAACUGAUCAUGCUGGAGGAGAGCUUAGAGCAGCUGCAUGAUGGAAAUAUAAGUUCACAUACAGUAUGGCCUAUGCUGACAACCAUUAUGUCUUUUUAUUUAAUAAUAUUUGUGGAAAUCUUAGGCAUGUAAUUUGUUUUUUAUCUGUGCAUAAUUCUUAGUUGGUCUUUGUUUUAUAUUAAUUUUCCAUUUUCAAUUUUAAUUGCAAAAUUAUCACGUUAUUUUCA